GUAUCAGAGCAGUCUCAUCUACAAUGAGCUAAAAGAGCUCACUUUCUCUUGACAUAGACCGGAAAUGGAGCUCUGUGUUCUCAGCUCAACGACGAUGCUGAAUUCAGUUGUUUCUUUUAAACCAAGCCUUCGUCUUCAUGACUCUGUCCCCUUCGCGAGCGUUCACUCUGUUUCUUUUAAGAGCUCAAUUCUUCGAUCCGGCAGCAAAAGGUCGUUACAUUAUCCUAACGAAACCUUUUCGUUUUCCCGCCGAAUUAGCUGUCAUCAAUGGCCUUGGUUUCGCCGGAAUUCGAGCGGCUUCAUCGUUCAGGCGGCUUCUUCGUCUUCCGUGGCCGCUGGCGUCGAAGAAGACUGGCUUCCCGCCGAUAUUCAGGUUACAGAGACUGAAGAGCCCAAUUCAAGAGUGAGGUUGAGUGUAGAAGUUCCACCAGCCGUAUGUGAUGAUUGCUACAAAAGAGUUAUCAAUGAGUUAAUGAAGCAGGCAAAGAUCCCAGGAUUUCGCCCUGGAAAGAAAGUUCCAGAGAGUAUCCUUAUAAGUUAUGUUGGGAAGCAAUAUGUUCAAAAGGCUACAGUUGAAUCUAUUUUGAAGAGGACCCUUCCUAAAGCCAUGUCUUCGGUGACUGGAAGGGCUUUGAGAGACUCAGUCCGAAUAGUAACCAAAUUUUCUGACAUGGAGGAAACCUAUUCUUCUCUGAACUCUCUCAGAUAUGAUGUCAUUGUUGACGUGGUACCUGAAGUGAGAUGGAAUCCUGAGAAUGGAUAUAAAAGUUUAAAAAUUGUUGUUGAGGUAGACAGUGAUAUUGAUGCUCAAAAUGCUUGCAAACGGGAAUUAAGACGCCGUCACAAGUCCCUAGGUGCACUGAAAAUUGUGACUGACAGAGGACUGCAGGUGGGUGAUCUUGUAGUCCUUGAUAUAUCAGCAACAACAGUUGAGCAGGAUGGAUCAAGUGUUCAACAGAUUCCUGAUGCAGAAAGUAAAGGUUUUCAUUUUGAUACAGAAGAUGGUGAUAAGGUACUUCCUGGUUUCCUUGAUGCACUACUUGCAAUUCGACGAGGUGAAACAAAGUCCUUUCCUCUUAUGUUUCCUGAAUCAUGGAGGCAAGAGAGUCUUCGUGGAGUUCAUGCCCAGUUCACUGUUGAAUGCAAAGAACUCUUUUAUAGGGAUUUACCGGAUUUAGAUGACUCCCUAGCUGAUAAGCUACUCCCUGGCUGCACAACCUUAGAGCAGGUCAAGGAAUCACUGUUGCAAAAAUGCCAAGAAUUGGAGCAAAAUGCAAGAGAUCAAGCAACAGAUAAUGCGAUCCUAGACCUUCUUCGUCAGAUGGUGGAUGUUGAUAUUCCUCAAUCCUUGUUUGAGGAACAAGGUAGGCAGCUUUAUGCAGCCAAACUUCUUCAGAUACAGGCAAAUAUGAAACUUAAUGAACAGCAAUUGGCUUCUCUUUCGAGCCCAAAGGCGGUAAAUGAGUAUCUAGAAAACCAAAGAGAGAAUAUCACAAAUGUGAUCAAACAAAACUUGGCCGUAGGAGAUAUAUUCAAGCGAGAAAAUUUGCAGUUUUCAACUGAGGAGCUUGUCAAGGAGGUCGAAAACUCCAUUGCUGAAUUCAAACGACAUAAACAAGAAUAUGAUGAAGAACGUGUGAGAGAUCAGGUACAAGAGGUUUUAGAAGGAGCAAAAGUGCUUGAAUGGUUAAGAGAACGUGCAGAAAUUCAGUAUGUUACCCGGUAAGGAUUCACUUGAUCAAAUUUUGUUAAUCUUAUUUGAAUUCUCAGAAAAUUUUGUUAAGCUGGUUUGACAUUUUCCGGAGUAAAUAAUCAUUCCACUGGAAUGUUGUACGAUUGACUUUAUUUUUCAUCUGGUUAUGGUCCGAUCACCAGUUUUGACCA